AUGGAUAUCCCAAAAAUUCAAACCGACAGCAAAGAAGACAUACACUUUCUCAUAAGUCAACUUCAAAAUGCUGCGAACGAUGCUACUGCACAGCAUUUCGCUACCGAUCCUGCAGAUGAAACUACCCAGAGCCAAGUACAGAAGCUAAUGGGUGAAUGGGUUCAAGAGAUAUUUGAACUGGCGAGUAGUAGUAUCGAGAUCAAUGGGCAAGAUUACCACGAAGCACUUCAGAACCAGGAUGAAAUUGAGCCUGUAGAUGAAUCGUUAAAGCUUCGAGCAGAAAGCGCAGAGAAAACAGCAAAAGAAUUAGAAGAGAGAGUGAUUCGAAAACGAAGCAAUAUACCAGCCCAGAUCACACCGCUAAUGCAAGAUGCUAUACGGCGGCAGUCAACGUUGGCGGAUCGAAUAGUGUUUGAAGACGGGCAGGAGAUGCACAAUGAUAUGGAUCUGCAAAUCCCCACCAACCUGUUGGAAAUAUCACAUGCGUAUGAGGUCGGUGUUCAGCAGCUGGCUAAAUUGAAGCAGGGCAAAAAGGCGACCACCGGAUGGAAGAACAUUCAAAUAAAACCCGGUGGUGCCCUUAAAUCACCCAAGUCGAAGCCAGCCAAUAAUACCCCUUUGAGUCCCCAGCAAGCUGUGCAGACUACUUCUACUGCCCAAGUAGGAGACAAAAGUUUGGUCAUUCCCAUUGCUCCUGUCUCUUCACCCCCUGAGGAAAAACCCAAGCCUCGAGAGCUUUCUUUCGUUCUGAGUGCUUUACGAGAUUCCAUCAAUGAACAAGAGGAAAAAGAACGCCAAAAGAAGCUAGGUAAAGUGACUGAAGCGUACGAAGACGAUGAAGAAGACGAUGAUGAUGAGAUACCUACUUUCCCGACUCCCCCUAUACCAUCACUUGACGAAACUCAGUUUAUUGUACAAGAAGAAAAAACUCAAUCUGAAACAAAACCGGAGAACGUCGCCACCAAUGAUUUGUCUGAGAAGUCAAAAUCUGAAUCUGAAGAAGCAAAGGAACAAAAGGUAGUCGAAAAUGGACAUAAGGAAGAGGUGGAGAAGAUCGAGCUGGCUGCACCUAAAUCAGAGUCUCCCAAAGAGGUUAGCCAGCCAUCAACGGAGCCUUCUCAGGGAUCAGAUGUACCUGUUCCCGAGCAAGUCAAAGAGGGUAAUGAGACAGUUGCACCACUGUCUAUCAAGACAGAAUCAAGCACCGUUGAGGUUAGCGAACCCAGCUCGCCUGUACCAGAUCCACUACCAGAAACGCCCAACAAUGGCGAAUCCAAUGAUGCUAUAGCCUCGCCAGAAGAAGAGAAGCCAGCAAAUCCUCUUCCUACAACAGCUGCUUCUGUUAUCCCAGCAUCAUCGGCUGCUGCUUAUGAUAAUGUUAUGUCAGGACCUGUAGAUAAGGAUGACGAAGAAGUUGUAGAGGAACACAAUAUGGCGGAAUACAUGAGUCCUCCUACUCCAGGUGCUGAACCAUCGUAUGCUGACCAACAAUUCCGUCGUGAAAUGGAGGAUGAUGCCAUGGAAAGCGAAGGUUCUAGCAGCACUACCUUUUCUAUGCCACCCAUUGAUUUGAAGGCUGUAAAGCCAAACUUUUUGACCCCACGUGAACAAGAAGAAUAUGAUUCGGAUAUGCUGAAGGCAAUGGGGUUGUUCUUCAACAACAAAUUCAUGAAGGCAAAAGCUUUGUUCGAAAGCAAAGCUAACGAGGAUCCUUUAUAUGCACUCGGAUUGGGAUCAAUGGCUUUUAUUAAAGCCAUUAUGACAUUCAAUGAAACUGAUAUGAAGGUUGCAAUGGAUACCCUGCAUCAAGCUGCAAAGUUUGCAAAUGCACAGAUUGAAGUGGCACAAGCCAGAAAGCCUCUGAAGGAUACCGUAACGCACUAUUUUUCCAAUAUCAUGGGCGGUAAUACCACUGGAUUGCCCACAAACACUCCUCCCUUGAAGAAAGAGGAGAAGCACAAUCAGCAAAAUUUCAUGUCUAACGGAGCGUUGCGUGCUCAUGUCAUCAAAGCAGAAUGCUGCUUGUUGAUUUCCAUCUUGCAGCUUUGCCAAGAGAGUCUUGUAGGCUAUUUGAAAGUCGGUCUAAAUCUCAGAACAGCUUAUAACAGCUAUAGUUUGGUGUGGCAAGAAUACAAGAAGAUGGGACAAUCCUUCAACGAGCAUAUGGAUAGAGACACUAUAUCUGCCAUUCAAUUUGGUAUUGGAUCCGUCCAUCUACUUUUGUCGUCUCUACCGCCAAAGAUCCUCAAGCUAGUAUCGGCUUUUGGCUGGAGAGCUGACAAACAUCUCGGAUUUGCCCUGUUGAAACUCUGUCUGGAAGGCAGAAGAAUUAGAUCCCCUUUGGCAUCUAUGAUGCUAUUGACCUACUACUGCGUUUUGACCUCAUUUGCUCCGCAAAUAUUGGCAUCUGAGUUGACCCAACCUGCUAUUGAAUGCUUGCUAGAUGCUCAACAAAACUAUCCCAACUCUGCCUUCUUCCUCUAUUUUGCUGGCCGAGUAUCAAGAUUGGCAAAGAACAUACCUUUGUCGACACAAUCAUUCAUUUAUGCUAGUGAAAUCAGUGUGGGUGAAUGGGCCGAAGUGGAAGUUCGACAUCUAUCAGAAUACGAAUCUGGCUUUAACUAUGCUAUGGAGCUGGACUGGCAAUCGGCAGGAGAGAUUUUUGAGACACUUUAUGAAGAGAACUACUGGUCUCCUGCAUUCUGCAAAUACUUUUCGGCAUGUUGCUUGGAUCUAUUGGGUCAGAGAACUGACGCUAUUUUGGCAUUUGCUGAAGUCAGUAAGCUCUCCAACAAAAAGAACACUUCUGCUGAGCAAUAUGUUCUUCGGAAGAUUGAGCAAUUCCAACUGUCUGGAUAUCAAGAUAUGGACUUUUCCAUCCCAGCCCUGGAAAUCCUUUUGAUCUGGAAUUGCUUCCCCAAUAUGUCUCCUGAAAACCUAGAGCAAUGCCUUGGUGCUGUGGACAGCGCAUUGAGUCGUAUCUACGAACGAGAAAAGCAAGAGUAUGAUCUUCGCAUGCGUGAAUUAGCUCCCAGCCAAACACCGCCAAAUUACUUUGACCAACGCGGAGUAUUGCUACUCAUCAAGGCCUCUCUUCAAAACUGCUUGGGUCGCUUCCGUGAGUCUAUCGUGCAUCUCAACUGGAUUUUGGAUCACAAAGAAAUGAUCAAGCAAGAUACCUGGGUCGUUCCAUAUGCUUACUGGGAGGCUGGCAUCACCACUUGGGGACUUGGCCAAACGCAAAAAAGCCGUAAACUAUGGGAGACGGGAUUGACCUACAGCAAAUUUGAGUUUGAGUAUCGUCUCGCUGUGCGAAUCAACCUUGCUCUAAGCCAAUGUGAUGAAAUGGGUAUUCUCCACGUAGAGCCUCCAAAGAUCACUAGAGGUCUCAGUACUGGAGGCAGAAAGCGCAUGUCCAUUCAGCGAUAA